UGCAAAAAUAUCAUUGCUUCUUUUGAUUUCUGUCCAGACAAUAAAAAAACUCUUCUUUCCACCUUAUUCUCACUCUUCUGCCUAGCCAUAAAUAUGCACACCAAAAGAAGAAAUUGAAACUACUCAUUCAUAUAAUCUUGUUUCUUAGUUUCCUAAUGGCAGAUCCAAGUUUCUUUGUUGGAGUUAUAGGUAACAUCAUCUCAAUUCUCAUGUUUCUUUCUCCUGUACCAACAUUUUGGAGGAUAAUAAAGAAGAAAUCUACAGAAGAAUUCUCUAGUUUUCCUUACAUAUGUACAUUGCUUAACUCAUCCUUGUGGACUUACUAUGGAACUAUAAAAGCUGGAGAAUACCUUGUGGCCACUGUUAAUGGCUUUGGCAUUGUGGUGGAGACAAUCUACAUUCUUCUAUUUCUCAUAUAUGCACCCCCAAAAAUGAGGGUGAAGACUGCAAUUCUUGCUGGGAUUUUGGAUGUGUUGAUCUUGGCGGCAGCAGUGGUUACAACUCAAUUGGCAUUGGAGGGAGAAGCUCGUAGUGGUGCUGUUGGUAUCAUGGGUGCAGCUUUGAACAUUCUUAUGUAUGGCUCACCUCUUGCUGUCAUGAAAACAGUGGUGAAGACAAAAAGUGUGGAAUAUUUGCCAUUUCUUCUUUCCUUUUUCUUCUUUUUAAACGGCGGCGUUUGGUUGUUAUACGCUGUUCUUGUUCGUGAUUCCAUUCUUGGGGUACCUAACGGUACUGGAUUUGUACUUGGAGCUAUACAGUUAGUGUUGCAUGGAAUCUACAGAAAUGGAAAACAAUCGAAGCAUGUUUCAAACAAAUUGGAAGAAGGAUGGCAACAUGAGCAUCUCAUCUCAUCAUCUACUACUCGAUCACAUGAUAGAGAAAACUUACCUAUCUAGUAAUUUUGCUUUCAAGUUUCAAAGAUAUAUAUGCCGUUAUUGUUUGAUAUUUUCUUUAGAAUAGUCAAUGAUUUUCAUUUGGUUGUAUGAUAAAAUUAGAGUGAGUAAUAAGUGUUUCAAUAUUUGUUAAAAAAAAAAAAAAAAGUGUUUCAAAUUAUACUAUAUUUGUGAUAAAUUAAUGUUCUUGCUUUUCAAAUUCGUAAAUAAAAAAUGAAUUUUUAUCCUCUCAAGAAAAAAAUUAUUUAAUCAUUUGAUGUGUUACCUUAUAUGCCCAGAUUAUGGGAGCCUUGGUGGUGGUAUAUUUGAAUUCAAUCAAGAAUGAAUUAUGUAUAAUCUCUCCAAAAUUGAUCUAUGUUUAAAUCAGAAUUCUAAA